UGUGUCUCCUUCAUCAGACCUUCCUCUGCGUUUCUCCGCCAGCGCCACGUCUUUCAUGUGACAUUCAGAGGUUUUAAUGGCACCAAAAAGGCUGGAUGACCUAGCUGUCUUCUGCUGUCAGUGGACUAUCAGCUGUGAGCUACCUGGACCAGAGGAGGUGUGUGCGUGAGGCAGCAGCAGGGUGUAGCAAUGAGUGUGACCUCCUGGUUCCUGGUGAGCAGCGGGGGAACUCGCCACCGGCUCCCCCGGGAAAUGAUCUUCGUUGGCCGAGACGACUGUGAGCUCAUGCUACAGUCUCGUAGCGUCGACAAACAGCACGCAGUCAUCAACUACGAGCCUGGGACUGAUGAACACAAGGUCAAGGACCUGGGGAGCCUGAAUGGAACUUUUGUAAAUGAUGUCCGCAUUCAAGAGCAGAUGUAUAUCACUCUGAAGUUGGAAGACAAGCUGAGGUUUGGAUAUGAUACCAAUCUGUUCACGGUGGUGAGAGGAGAGCUUACUGUGCCUGAAGAGGCUCUAAAGCAUGAAAAGUUCACCAGCGGACUCCAGCUUAGUAAGAAGCCCUCCGUUGGUGAAACCGCUACAAACGCAACAAGCAAAUCUCCCAGUAAGACCCCAACAAAAACACCAAAGUCAUCCAGCAGCAGCGCCACAAAGUUGGGAGAGAGCAGACUAACAGACGGAAUCACUUCCUCUAAAGAACAGUCAUCGAAACCUCCCGAGUCUCACAAAGCAGAGGAGAGGAUAGGAGGGGACAUUACAGCCCUGCCUCGUGGGACCCCUCUGUAUGGCCAGCCCUCUUGGUGGGGUGAUGAAGAUGCAGAUGAUGAAAAUUCUUUUAAACAGGAAACCAAGUCAUCCUCAUCCAAGAAACAUGACAGCUGCAUUUCAGAGAGCAAAGAGGCCCGUCGAGGAGAAAAAGCUAAAGAAGGUGGCCUUCAUGCAUCGACUGCUCUUGAUUCCAGUUAUUAUGAGGUUCCUACCAAAGAAGGUCACAUGGCAAAUAACGGCAUCCAUGAAAUUCCCACCAAGGACACCGAAGAUGGACCUUCUCACAGCCACAUCACUGCAUCUCAAGGUCACGCCUCCUUCACCAUAGAGUUCGACAACACCUCUCCAGGGAAAGUCACCAUUAAAGACCACGUGUCAAAGUUCACAGCGGACCACCACAGGUCUCACUCCAAGAAGAGCGGCGCGGGAAGCAAGGAUCUGAGCACUCUUCAAGCUGCCAUGAUGGCUUCUGAGAGCAAGGUGGCUGAUUGGCUGGCUCAUAACGACCCCACGCUGAUGCGCAGCGAGUCAACAGAAGACGACAGCAAGAGCAUCAAGAGUGACGUGCCGGUCCACCUCAAAAGACUCAAAGUAGGCAGCAAGCAUGAGGAUGGCACCCAGAGCGACUCAGAGAACGGGCUGGGCCUGCGAUUCGCCACUCGCCGACAAGCACUCGAGGAACGCCUAAAGACAACACACAGCCACGUGGCCGGAGGAGCAGGAGAGCCCAACACAACUGUGAGCGGGACCAGAACAACCAGCACCCGUACGGCUUUCAUGAUCGAGUUCUACGACGAGGAAAACCCUCGCAAGCGUCGCUCGUAUUCCUUUUCCCAGACUGCUCCCCUGCUGGGCGUAGGAGCAGGCGGGGAGGGACUGUGUCCUCAGCCUCCGUCUCACCCAAAGGUGUUUAGUAUUUCCACCUCUGCAGCUAUGGCCUCAGACUCAGGAAAGGUCCCGGCUCCCAUAUCAGCUACAGUGGCUGCAGGCGCCCCAACGGCUGCCCGUGUCCUCCUCAAGCAGAGGUCAGAGGACCAAAGUAUUGGGCGGAGCUCAGGCAGCACCAGGCUGGCGAUUGGCAGCCCCACUACUCCCAGUGAGGACACUUCAGUUGUUGGAACUGCAGGAACCACCGGGGGGGAAGAGGAGGACAACCAAAGUGAUAAAGGGACUUAUACUAUUGAACUGGAGAACACGAACCCAGAAGAAGAGGAGGCCAGGCGUAUGAUUGACAAGGUGUUUGGAGUGCAGGAGAGUACAAGUGCUUCGGUUUUGUCAGACCUGAAAGGAGAAGGAAAAGGAAAAGGCUCAGGAGAGACUGUGAAAGAGACCCUUCCCGGUGACUCCAGCUGGGUCUCUCAGUGGGCCAGUUUAGCUGCUAAUAACACCAGGACGGACCCAGAAGGUUCUGGAGCAGAAGCAGCCACAUUCCUGCACAAAGAGAGAGGAGCUGAUGCCUUUAAUCCUGCUGCACCCCUCCUCAAAGGUGAAUCCUCUUCCAGCCUGACUGACCAUAAGCGCAGGACCCUCCCCCAACUCCCCGUGGAUGACCCCCGAGCCAAAUCCACUUCCAAAGCGAUGAGGUCGGAGAUCGGGGAGAAACAGGACACUGAGCCCCAGGAGAAAGAGCACAAGGGAGACGGGGAGUCGCCAACCCCCACAGAGAACGCAGAGAUGACCACUAAACGAAAACAAAGCUCCACCUCCUCCCCGUCCAAGGGUUCUCCUCGGACGCCCGGUGGCACUGAACGGACAAAGAGGUCAGAGGAGAGGAAAGGAGGAGGAGCAGCAGCAGAAACCGGAGACAAAUCUGGGAAGCCGCUGGUCCGUCAGGGCAGCUUUACCAUCGAGAAGCCCAGCGCAAACGUCCCCGCAGAGCUCAUCCCUCGCAUCAACCGAGGCGGCGGCGGGCGCGAGCGCAGCGACUCCGUGGGCAGCAUGGACACCGCCACGCUGCUGAAGGACACAGAGGCCGUCAUGGCGUUCCUAGAGGCCAAGCUCAGAGACGAGAACAAACUCGACCAGAAGAAGACUAAAACCGCUCAGAGCUCGGGUCUCCGGAACCGAUCGGACUCCGUCUCUCCUGAAUCCGACGUGGACACGGCCUCCACAGCGAGCCACGUGACCGGAGAGGCCGAGAGGAAGGCAGCGGCUGGCGGCACGCAGAAGAGAAAGUCUCUCAGCAGCAUGCACCGGGAAAAAAGCAACAUGAGCACAGCGUCCAAAACCAGCACUACGAACGCCGGCGCUCGAGAACGCCUGGAGAGAAAGAGUAAAAGACCGGGAGAUGCAGCGACCCGGGCCGAGGCUCGUCGCUCCACUCAGCCGUCCUCUUCCUCCUCUAAAGCACGCCAGCCUUCUCAGGAUCUCACUGAUGACGACCAGACCUCCUCCUUCCCCAUCUCCGAUGUCCUUUCUUCAGACCAGGAGACCUAUUCUGGACCUUUAGGGAACUCGACACAUAGACACGGCCCAGAAGACGUCCUCUAUUCCAAACUCGACGGCAGAUCUUCUAAAGCAUCCGUGGGCGGGGCCUCUAAAACCAGCAGAACCCUCCAGGCAGCUACAGCCUCCUCUCUCAGCAAGCAGGCCUCGCUGCCACAGCCACGACCCACGAGAGCAUCCCUGCUCCGCCGCGCCCGGCUGGGGGACACGUCUGACACAGAUCUAGCCGAUGCAGACCGGGUAUCGGUGGCAUCCGAGGUGUCCACCACAAGCUCCACCUCUAAGCCUCCGUCCGGUCGUAAGGGGUUGUCCCGGUUGGACAUGCUGGCUCAGCCACGGAGGACCCGCAUGGGCUCCAUCUCAGCCCGCAGCGACUCAGAGUGCACGUUGACCCGGAGCUCCGCCUCCUCGCCCCGCCUGUCAGCGGAGACGGCCCUGCGUCUCGGCCUGCGCUCGUCAGGACCCGCAGAGAAUAAGCUGACGUCCAGGAUGAGGGCCAACAGCGUGUCAAAACUGAAUGAAGUCAAGACUAAGACCACUACAUCUGGAUACUGCUCACCAACAGUGUCCAGCAGUAACAGGUGGAGGCGUAUGCCGCCCGAGUACGGCUCCACUUCAGAGGAAGAGUUUAGCUCCAGCAGGAAUUCAUCAAAACAAGGAGCUCGCUCUCAUGUGCGUCCUCAUCACCUCGUCCCGACCCGCGCUUCGAGACUCGGCGCCGCUGCGAAUUCCGGCCCGGGCGUGGUGUCGAGUCCAGGGGGAGCGGGGAUCAAGCACCGCAUGAAGGAGCAAGAGGAGUACAUCAAGGACUGGACAGCUCACAGUGAAGAGAUCGCCAGGUUGUUCCCCUGUGUGCGCAGGAUCAGCCAGGAUCUGGCCAAGGACUUGGCCAUCUUGGCUCGCGAGAUCCACGACGUGGCUGGGGAGAUCGACUCGGUCAGCUCCUCGGGCACGGCGCCCAGCACCACCGUCAGCACGGCUGCCACCACCCCGGGAUCCGCCAUCGACACCCGGGAAGAGGUAGGCCCCGCACGCCCCACGCAGCCGGAAAUACAGGAGAGCAUGAAAAAGUUGGUGGAUCGGGUGUUCGACGAAAGCCUCAAAUUCAGAAAAAUCCCACCCGUCAUCUCGUCCAAUAAGGUGCCAGAAAUAAACGGGAAGCCCGUGGAGCUCCAGCCCCGAGCCCCCGACAGCCGGGAGCCUCGAGCUUUGAGGAGACGUACCUGGAACAGAGAGGAGGCGGUGUUGGACAGCCUCCUGAUCCACUCUGUGUCUCAGCUGUCCACCAAGAUCAGACACUCUGUGGACAAAACUGCAGGAAAGAUCAGGAUCUUGUUCAAAGAUAAGGACAGGAACUGGGAUGAAAUUGAGAGUAAACUGAAAUCAGAGAGUGACAUACCUCUCCUUAAAGCCUCCAACAAGGAAAUCUCUUCAAUUUUUCUAGAACUGAAGAAAGUGGAGAAGCAGCUUCAAGUGAUCAAUGUGAUGGUAGACCCAGAUGGGACUUUGGAUGCCUUGGCCAGCCUCUGCCUGACCAGCCCCACGGCCUCGACCAAGCCCCAGACCGCCAAAACGUCGCUGCCCUCUGCCACCGGCUCAGCCAGAGAGUCACUACCUGAGAUCCUUCCUGGGCCUGGAGGGUCAGCCUCCAGGGUCCAGUCUUCCUCCGCCGGCACAGAGGAGGGCUCGAGAGAAACCAUGCUAGGUUUGGGGCUAACAGGAGUCGGAGGGCUGCCCUUCAACAGAAUACGGCCGAGCGGAGAAGAGGCCAUCGCACAGAAAUGAACAGAAAGUUGAACAGUUCAGGUGAAGUGCAGCUGGCUGGUGAUCAGUGUUCCCAACAAUGAGGCACGUUUAAAAAAAAGUAGCCAUUUUUCAUAUUAUAACUCUAGGAUGAUGAUAAAGAAAUAACUGAUGGGAUCUUAUUCCCACCUGAUGCAUCAACACCCACAUAUAUCACACAAACAGUAAGAUCCAACCUUCCAGCUGCUCACUGAUGGAGUAACGGAGUGCAGAUCUCCAUGGUUGUACAGCCUCAUUUCUGCUUCUUGCCUUCUUUAUGUGUCUGGACCCUUCUCACACUAAGGUCAUGCCUUAAAAACACCCCCGUAGCAGUAGCAGUGUUACCCCUUAAAUCCUAUUCAAGACAACAGCAGACAACCUUAACAAACUGUAAAAUAACACUAACUUCUAACUUCCCAAAAAAAAAAAAUCCAACCAUCGAGACAAACCACAUCUACAUGCUAAACUUUUGAGAUUAUUUUAGAAAUUAAGCAAAAAUGCAAGGUUUUAUUUAUAUAUGAAUAUAUUUUUAACUGUAACCAUCUCAAAUGAACAUUUUAUGCCUCCUCUUGUCUCAGCUCACCUCUUUUAUUUUUCCUUCACUUGUCAUAAGUGACUCUUUUCUGCUUUUUUCCCCUCCAGUAGCUGAGUAAGUUUGUCUCUGCAGUAGCAAGUACAGGACACAACUGCAUCUUUGUUUGUGUAAAGUUUACUUAUAAAGAACGGUGCUUUUACCCGAGAGUAGCUUCACUAAUUAGUAAUAACUCACCAAAGUCAAUGUGUUUCUUGAUAAAGGCAAUUUUCACACAUUUUUUUAAAUACGUUGUACCUAUUUCUGAAUGUCAAGAGCCAUUUUCUGUCAUCAAAUCAAGGAUUCGAGAGGUUUAUUCAGAACAGUGAAACAAUUGUAAUCGUUGCUGACAUUGCUUCAGUAAAUCCACUCAAGGAUCUAUUUUUCUUCCAGUUGGCUGUUUUCUACUUUUUGCCAGUCACGAGUGAUGUGACCACGAUUUUAAUUGUCAGUUUUAAAACAAAAUAUUUCCUAAUAAAUGAGCGAAUAUAUUAACAGGGACACACAAAAAAAAAAUGCUGCUGGGAAUUGGUUUUAUUAAUAACGUGCCAUUGAAACGGCAGCAACUCUCAAAAAGGCUUUUUAGUGAUUCUAAAUGAGGGUUUGAGCUAUUUUUAUUUUUAGUGAAUUGAUUGAGAUUUGUUUAGAAUGUGGCUCCAUAUCAGAGUAAAAUACUGAAGACCAACCGUUCUGUUUCUACUAUGAGGGACACUCCAGCUGUCCUGCAGGAUUACAAACUGUUUAAUUAAACUUUUUCUAAAUGACUCUGCUACUUUUGUAUUUACUUUAAUGAGACCGACCAUUUUCUGAACCUUUCUCUGUGUCUAGAUGACUUAAAAGCAGUGUGUUAGAAGUUAGAGACGUCUAAGCGUGAUCUUAGGUACCAAUGCGUGUUCAUGUUCUCUUUCCUGUACUGUACACAGAUUUUAAAUGCCUCAAAGUGCCCAUUUUGAUGACAGAAGGGCAUUGAUUAAAAGAAAAAGGUGUAGUUUUAUGAAUUCUUUUCAUUUUGCACAUCAGACUGUUUUUUUUUUUCAAGUGGUGACAGAGGCAGAUUGCACCACAUUAGAGAUCUUGUUUGUUUUUUUUUAUCAGAAGUGACUGUUUAAAUAAACCUCUAAAUGUUUUACCCAUCCCCCACCGACGUUAUAUCAGAAGUACUUUAGGGGACUGUGAAUGUUAGGUACAUUUAGGAUUAUUUUGUCAAUGUGUCAUCAGAUCAGUGUUUUGUAUUUUUUUUUUAAGUUUUGUAAAAAAAAAAAA